AUGUCAGAUCAGAGCUUUGCCUUUCACCUCGCGCCAGAGCGGGCGUCUGGUUCAGCCUCGCCACUCAUGCGGGACUACGCCUCGCCCAUCAGCUUGGGCGAAGGCACGGCAGAGCAUCCCUUCGAGCUUGCGUCCUCACCAGCACCACGAGCCGAUAUGCCACCGCGCCGAGACCUUGGAUCGCUCUCUGGUAACCGCUCGCAUAGCGAUGGUGCUUCACCAUCAGGCUCUGACACCGUCUACUUCUCCUUCGAGGAUUCGCCGCCUAGACCCCUACAGACUGCUUCUCGCUUUUCACAACGCCAUGUCACGCCAGAUCUGACACAGACAUGGCUUACAGGCUCAACAAGCUCUCGCGUCAAUCUCGACUUGCCUUCGCGUCACCAGCCAGUAGAUCUCUCGUCUAGCUUCACUGGAUCUUCGAGUGGUGUCGGCAGAGGUGUUGCAGGCCCUAGACGCCGACACCUCCGCGGCUCUGCCGUAGGAGGAAGUCCCACUGCGCUCUCAGAUGCGAAUUUGCUGGAUCAGGAUAGAGCCGACAUCUUCUCUCAGCUUGACACAGCGCCGAGCAGGAACACUCGGCAGAACCCUGAUUCUCUGGUAUCGUCAUUCAGGCCAAGAUCGAGGGUCUUGAGUGGCCGAUUUAAUCCCAUGGACAUCGAACAGCUCAACAAUGUCUCAUCUCUCGCGGCUCCGUUGGCCCCUUUGGCUGGAACGACCUCAAGCAGCUCGAUCAGAGCCAAGCGCAACAUCGACCGCGUCGGAACGUCGCCGGAUUUGGCUUCCUUUGAUGCACCUGCCUUGCGCAGCGGUGCCCUCGGCGCGACCUCCGACUCCCUGCAAUCUUGGCCAAGUUCUCAAAGGAGCGGUGCUCGGCGAGAAAUCGACGACUUUGUCGACGCCUCUUGGUCGACGACAUCUUCCUCGAGCUCGGCCUUGGCUGCUCCAUCAGGCAAUGCCCACAAGCGCUUGCGCCGUCGUGCACGCAACGCCAGUCCUCCUGCAAGCGAUAGCAUGGUCACUGAAUCCAGUCCACGCUCUCAGCCAGCUUCAAGAAGAUACGACAUUACGUCGCGCAAUUCGGUCAGGGCUGAAAGUCGCGAACCGUACGUCUUCGAAUCUUUGUUUCCUCCUGCCUUAGGGCCUCCUUCCAGCUUGUCAGAAGAGACUCCUGCUGUUGUUUCGGCCCCAUCCGAUAGGGCUAUGGCUACUCUGCCCGUGUGGAAUGAGCUUUGGUCCACGUAUCGAGAGCCGAGACGCAUGCGGUCUUCGUCGUCGAUACUCUCCAUCCAGGCUAUCAGAGACAGAGCCACCAGCUCUGCUGUUGCUGGCUCAACCCAUCCUCAUUCAGGUAGCAGCGCAAGGCUGACUCGCCGCCGUUCCCAAGAAGACAGCAUGGAUGUGGAUGGUCUGGACUUGCUCAGCAGCAGCUCAUCGGACCUCUUGGCGAUGAUUGGAGAGCGGGCUUCAGCCAAUGUGAGCCAGUCGACUACGACGUUCGACUCCGACUCACUGAUGGACGAUGUGCCUCUGGCCUCGACGCGCUCAUCUCACGCGUCGUACGAGGAUUCUCUUGCUCAUGGGUCACCUAACGUUGCGGAACCCGACACUUCGGAAGGGCCAAUUUUACCCCUUUCCUCGCGUUACCCUCAGCUUCUUUCGCCUUCUGGCUCGAACGGCUCCACAAGCACUUCCAGUCAACGUGACCUCGCCUUUGGCACAAGUACGAGUGUCUCGCCACGCGACAAUGACAAUCGUUCGUUCGACGCUCGCCGUCGACUGGCACUCCGUCAAGCGGCAGCCGUUGCGCCUCGCAUCGAUUCUGAUCCACCCCCGCUUAGCGCCUCUUCGCAAAUGUUCAGAUCGAACUUCCAUCGCGCUUUUGACCCCGUCGGCACAGCUCGACAGCGGUUUCAAACUUCAGCCGCGUCGCGGCGCAACGCACUACUUUCAUCAGGUCGCUUCGCGUCGUACGACUCCGACGACGUGGAUAUGCUGGCUCUCUCGAGCGAUGCACUUCCAUCUGCUCGAGCUUACGCCUCUUCACAUGCGUCUUCAGAGCGGCCACGAGGUUCGCCAAGCGAGGCGGCAACGAUGAGGCAAGGAGUUAGUGAUGGGGUCACGUCUCUUUCUCAGCGGAUCGCGUCUUUACAAGAUGCGAUCUCCGAAAGUCAAGGAGUCUUGUCCGACCAGCGGCAGCGCAACGCGGACCUCCUAUCGAGCUUGGAUGAUGGAUCUUCGGACAUGGACAUGACGGGAAGCGCCAGCUCUGGGCCAGUCGAUUCCCUUGCGAGCCUGAGCACCUCGAGCGGAGUGACAUCCCCUAGCAGGACAGGCGAUGCACUCGACGCCAAUGAUGCGGGCGAGUUUGCGACAAUGCUGUCGCGCUUGCGCUCGACUUGGGAGCGCGCUCGCGACCUCGUCGGUGCGGGGGUCACUUCCACCACACCAGGCGACUCGAGUGUCUCCGAUGACGCUCUCAGUGAUGCAAGCUCAGCUCGGAGAGUAAGACGCGGUAUGUCGGUGGCCAGCCGCGUCCGACCAGCCGCUUCUUCCAGCAUCUUUAGCCCGACUGACUCGGUCAGCAGGGAUGGGAUGGCGGCCGACAGAGCUCGAUUUGAUCUAUGGUCGGAAGUCAGAAGCGUGACCGAGCGAACUAGCCGUGUGCCUCACCUAGCAGGUCUGGAUUCAGUGGGUCUCACCGACCUAGGAUCGAGUUCCGCUGCAACCAACGGCACUCAAGACGCGUUCAACGCCACGACCGCGCCGCCCGUGGCUGCUUCGCGAGAGCUCGCACUGUCGGCUGAUCCAGACUUGAGCACAUCGAGCGCUUGGACGUCAGGCCCUGAUCGUUCGACCAGCCAGCUUCGUCGAACGAGCACGCUUGACAUUAGUGGACGCCUUCGCGGACCUACUGCUCGCCAGAAUCGUGCAUGGCUGGCUAGCGAACGGAGCGUUGCGCGAGGGAGCAGCGUCGCCGAAAGUUCCGCGCCACCUAUCGACUUCCUUUCUGUCGCCUCGCGUCGCCGAUCUGAACUCGAGGCUCGAUAUUCAGAACACCUUGGCAGACUUGCGUCAUCAGCCAGCCGUGAGAGCCCUACGCCAAGUGCUGCUACGAUGAGCUCUAGCUUGCUCGUGCCCUUUGAUCAGCAGCGGCGAGUUACAGGAACUAGUAUUGACGCGGCCCGGGCCUCGUUGCCAUCCGCAGACCGCGGCGGCACUUGGCCAAGCCGAGACAAUAGCUCCAGAUCUCAGCAGACGUCAUCAGCUACGCGGGUCCCGCUCGAAGUAAUUGACUUGACUGGGCCGGAGCACGACGACGACAUCACUGGCGGGCAGUCGCCGAGGAUCGGACGCUGGGCUGCAGGCUCUCGCGAGGCAAGGCAAGCGCGUUACGAGCAGCUGCGAGCCAACCUCAGAAGAGACUCUACCAGAGUCUUGGAACGCGACUACACGUCGCCCGCAUCUGCUGCUGCCCGACCUUCAGAAAGCGGUGGCGUUUCACCAACCCGGCCAUCCUUCGCGAAUCUCUACUCGCCUAACCAAGAAUUCGAUACGAUCUUCCCAAACUUCAUCUCACCUGCAAGCGACGCAGCUGGCACGCUUCAGUCCACUGACUACGGCGUGUCUGCGCCUAGGAUUCCACGGCGCGAACGACUCCGCGAUGCUCUGGAACGAUCGAGCGGCGCGCGUAGCGGUACACUACGAGGAGUGCAGGCGUCCGCUCCUACAACGCGCGUUCCAGCCUCCUCGACGGGACGUACUCGUCUGCGGCAUGGAGACCUCCUCUCCGCUGUAUAUAUCCCCGUCCAGAACGAUAGUGCGGCCACUAGUGCCUGGCACUUUCUCGCUCCUACCGAUGCAGCAGAAGCCCGUCGCGCAGCGGAGCGUGAGCGAGACCUUUCAUCUACGCUUACGUCCGGAGGACUCACAGCUCUCAAUCAUUCGCGGCCGAGGCAAGACCACCUCCUCUCCGCUGAGAAUAUCCCCAUCCGACCUCAGCGCGACGAUGGUGCGGCUACUGAUGCCUUGCAAGCGAUCCUCGCUUUCCAGGAUGCAGCAGAAGCCCGUCUCCCAACGGAGCGUGCGCAAGACCGUUCAUCUGCGGUUACUUCCGGAGGCCUUACAGCUCUCCAUCACUCGCAGCCCAGCUCGACGACUGAUGCACGCAACUCCAUUGAUCGGACCGCAUUCGGAGGACGCGCAGCAGAUCCACUCUCGUCUAGACUGCUCCACCCUCUGCCGUCGUCCAGAGCACAUCAUCCCGAGCGUCACGAACCGACAGCAGACCCGUCAGAACGUGUCGUGGCGAGAUGGCGUCGUGAAGCUGCCGAUGCAAGACGAGCCGCACUCAGCUCUACAGAGAACGGCACUGGAUCCAACUAUCAUGCGGCGCGAGCGAGCGAGCUCAGAAGUAGGUUCCAGAGCACGUUGAGGGCCGGACAGAGCGGUGCAGGAGGAAGGACUGGCGACAACGACACCUCAUCUAGCAUCAACAGUCAUCUCGCGCAGAUGGAAUUUGAUCUCCGUGCUCAUUGGCGUUUGAGAGACGAAAUACUCGGCAUCUCAUCCAAUCGCACGCCAUCCAGCGUCAUUGAUAGUCUACCAACUUGUGUCUUUGCAAUCUGGCAAGGCGGCUCAUGUGUCACGCCGAAGCUGGAGGCAUUGCCUGUCACAGGCGAGGGCAAGGGCAAAAAUCGAGCAGGUCCUGAGAGCGAUCGUCUCCGUCUAGAAGCCCUUGCAGCAGCAGCUUCGAGAGAGCCACGUUGUCCCAUCUGCCUGGACGAGUACGAAGCCGACACGAUGCUCAUGAGCGCGCCUUGCAACCACGCCUUCCACAAAGGUGCGUCUGCCGAGUCCACAGCUUGCAACAACCAAUUGCUGAUGCUGACAAGCUUGAGCUCGUUUGAAAUCGCAAACAACAGACUGCCUUAA